GCUGCCGAACCUCUAAUCACGAAACAGCUGAUGUGCGUCGUUUAGUUUUUCAAUGAAAAUUCGUGUUAUUUCUAUUUUAUUGUGCAAAUCUACUUAGAUGAUACGUUAUUCGCUUUACUACUCUGUGUGGAUAUCAGGAUGUCACUGACCAUACAGCAAAUCAUUUUGGAUGCAAAAAGACUCGCAGGCCGUCUCAAAGAGCGAGAGACAGAGGCUGAUGCCCUGCUAACCGAGACGCAGACGGCUUACAGGCAAAUUCAAACCAUGAAACAGUACAAAGAAGAAGUGGAUACAUUGAAUGAGGCUUCCCGGGAGCGGCCACGAGGGGCACUGAUUGCAAGCAUUGAACGGGAGUCUCGGUUGAUGCGAGAUGUUCAGAGAGAGAAUGGAGAACUGAGGGCUGCUCUUGAGGACCACAGACGAGCACUAGAACUCAUCAUGUCCAAAUACCGACAACAUACAGAAAAGAGAAUAUGGGAAUCCAGGAUAGAUUUCACCAAUGCUAUCAAUGAAAAGCAGCAAGAGCUAAUUCGCCAGCAAGCAGAGAGGAUCAAUGAGAUGACCAGUGUCAUGUACAAAGCCAUUAAUAUGGAUGCAAAUGGAGAGUCGAGGAAAGAAGAGGAGCUGUACCAGAGGCUCAUAACUGAGAACAAGGGGCUCAGAGAGAUGCUGGAUCUGUCGAGGCGGUAUGGGUCGGACCGGCCAAUCAUGCCGCCCACUCAAGACAAGGAUGUACAGACGGACGGACCGCCGCUGCCGAGCGCGUGACGGCCCGCGCCGCAGCCCUGCCGCCUCUAACGCGCCUGCGCCGUCUCGACAGCGCACGUAACGCGCCGCCUCACAUACAUAGGUACACACUCGACUACUCUGCUCCACACAUUUGAAGUCUUCAUACCGAGCAACUCGAAACAAUCUACUCAUCCUCGAAAGAAAAUCUACCUCACGUCGAAAACCCGUGGGACAUUAGCGAUAAUUACUAAUUACAUGUCGUGUUUGUAAAGCGACGCUGGUCGUUGCGAUAUAUAUCUUCUUAUAUAAAUUUUUCACAAAUUUAUAGAAUUCGGUAUUCGAGUUGCUCCUCUGCUGUAAGCGAAGAGAUUUUACAUUGCACUUGACAUGACUGAAACUGGAUGCUGGAAGACAUCAGAUGUGCCGGCGAGAAGUUCUGGUUUCACUGAUGCUGUCACCGUUCCACUUUGUAACUUAUACUUGCAUAUUUUGGAUAUUAGGUCUUUUGACAGUAUGUGUCCUUCGUUUACAUGUUUAAAUGAAUUACAAAUACAGCGAAUAUAACUACAGAUAGCUCUAAAGCAAUUUGUUUCCCUUUUGGUUGUAUUUGAUGUUGAAUAUUAUAAAAUUGAAUAAUUAUGAAUAUAAACUAUGUUUCAAGUUAGUGCUCAUGUUAUACCUUGUAAUAGUAGAAUAUUGUCGAACUCAUGCUCCUUCAUCCAGUCUAGACAUAAAUGAUGGAAGCUGUGAUCUAGAAAUUUAUGGUUAAUUGUAAUACCAACAACAAUUUCCUUUUCUAUUUAGAAAAUAUUAAGUUUAUUUUUACUCACAAUAAGAUUACCUUUUUGUUAAUAAAACCCAAUUUGAUUGUAUUUUUUAAUUUAUAUUACUUAUUAAUCAAAAUCAAUUAGUUUAAUGUUUAAAAUUUUAAUACUCGAUAUUAUACCCUAUUUGUUAUAAUUCCUAGUGGUAGUACAUUUCAUCCUCUCUUUACUAUUUCCAUUAGAUUAACUACUCAUGAUUAUGAAGCACAGUACAUUCUGGGACCCAUUACUUAAAUAUAUUGUAUAGCAUACAAUACAUACAUAUUGAUACAUUAAUUACACAAUCACACGAAGUGCUAGUCAAUUCACAUUAACAGGUCAUGCUUGUUUCAUAAUCUUUUCUGUAUUAGUUAUAUUUGUCCUGUUGUUGAACUGUAGUAUAUAGAACUCACUGUAUGCAAUGUGAGACUAUGCGCUAGUGUAUUGGUGGAAUCUUGAGAGAAAGUAUAUUCUAUAAUGGCAUGAUAUAUUGACAUGACAGUAUUAAUUAAUAAAAAUAAAACCCGAUCGCAGUAAUCAUGUUUAUACUCCGCUUUCUAUCCAACUUGUCUUAUUUAUAGAAUAUACUAAUCUCUUUCCAAUAUAAAUUAAAAUAUGCAAUAUUUUUUCAUGCGAUUUGGAGAAAUCGGCUUUGAAUGUUAGAGGCAUUACAGUAGGAUAAUAAAUCGUAGCAUAUUCUGGUAGAGAACUCUUGUCUUUGAGCCAGGGGUAUGUGAGCAAUAAUGCUACUGUUUGCCAUCGAAACGAUUUGGAUAAUAAAAAUUUGUAAUAAUGUAAACAUAGCUGUAAAAUAUAGCCGUCCUCGUUUAGGCUCUGGCGUUGUCUUCACUGUUAAUGUAAUACUGAUAGCUGCGAAAUUGUUGGAAGUAUCAGUUUUAUGGUGAGAAAGAUGUUGCGAUCUACUGAACUGCAGUGCGCUGUGCAGAACCAGUGUCGGUUGGGUGACCCUUGCACGUCAUUUGCUGUAAUGCUGUUAUAUGAUCUGACAUAAGAGCUGGGCUCGAAAUUCUUAGUAUAGCUAGAACGAAAAUAGCUGUUUAUGCUACUUCAGGGUAACUGCAGUUAGUUUUACUCAAUAUUUUAUUACUGUAGACAAUUAUUAAUUCCCAAUGAAAAUUAACAAUGUUAGAAUGUAAAGUUUAGUUUAUAAUUGCUUUAUUAUAGUUAUAAAAUUAGUUUUCUUAGGAAAAUUUUAAUGAGUUAUUGUGUCCACUAUAGAUAUAUCGUUUCAAGUAUUUUCAAUUUAAUACAAGCACUGGCACAAACAAAGUAGUUAGGGCAAUGCGGAUCCCAAGUUGAUCAUUUUUAUAAAACAAUUAUUUAAUAUACUUCAUUAAUCACAGUAUAAAUAAUGGUGCUAAUUCCUGUAAACAGCAUCUAAUUUUAUUUUAAGUUAUAUCUGUCAUUUUCUUAUCCGCCGAAAAGGAAUGGGACAGGUAAUCGACAAGCAUAAAAUUUAUGGAACACACGUCAAUUUUAAGCACAAAUGGAACACAACCCUAUAAAAAUUUUGUGUUGGCACAUAACCCGACAGAAUUAAGUUGACAGCACACGUCAAAUGGUUUGCAUACCAGCAAGAUACCUUUUUGAUUCGCCCGGGUUAUUCAUUCAUUUACUCAUUCUUCCUAAAAUUAAGAGCUGUCAAUCAUCCGUCCCUUUCCUUUUCGGCGGAUAAGAAAAUGACUAAAGUAAAAUUAGGAGGUGUCUGCAGGAAUUAUUUACAAUGAUUAUUGUGUCAUUUGAGAACUGUUAUCAGUUCAUCAGCACUAUUUUAUUUAAACAUGGUUUGAAUUUGGUUGACAAAUACAAAGCACAGAUCGCCUUCAUUCAUAUCGUAGUGUACUUCUAGUAAUGUGACAAGUAGCAGUCAUUAAAUCGAUUGUGAACCAGGUUUACUUUAUCAAGAUAAAAUUGUUGGAAGAAUAUUUUUUACAAUGAUGUUGGCCACUGAGAUGGUUUAUCUGACAAUUGAUUUUCCCAAAUCACUUAGCAAUGAAAGUAGUGGGGUUGAUGAGUUUGGUAAUCCACCUCACAAUCCACACGAUAAGAGAAGAAUGAAAGUAAUUUGCCAAUCAAGAAAAAUUAGUUGUCAUAUUGACCUCAAAGAGGGUAUGGUUUAUGGUAGUCGACUUUUUGGAAAAUAUGGGUCUUCUUACGCUCCCAAAAUUAAUAAUAAUUAUUGAUACAUAUUGUGAAAAUGUAAAACGUAAUUUACCUCAAUGUAUGCUUAUAAGAGGUCUUAAAUACUUCUAAAUUAAACAUGUAGUACUCGAGAAAUAAACCUUGAAAUUGCUACUCAGCUUAGCAUUUAAAAUUAUAUUAUUAUUGAGUUACAUAUCUACAAGUUUUGUUGACAUGUAAUGCAUCACUUCUACGUGAAGAUAUGCAUUGAAAGCACGACAUCCAAAUGUAGAUACAUCCAGAUAUGUGAAGCUCUGCAUGUUUGCCAAACUUGUGUAUACGCGACUUUAUAGAUACAUUCUGACAAAUAUGUUUAAAAAUGUAUUUUUAAAAUACAGGUUAAAUCUUUUUAACUAUGUUUAGAUAAAAAUUUAGUGAUUUGGAACUUUAUUUUAUUAAAAUAUAUGAUAUAAUUAGAUGAUUUUGGGUUUAAAUUCCAGAAAGAAUUUUAGUUUCUUAUUUGGUAUGGUAGGCAGGUUUGCCAAUGGAAGGAAAACUAGCAUCUUAUACCUUAUGUAGAUAUAUUGAAAGCAAUGAUAGUUGAUAAUAGUCUUUUCUGCUGUAGAACAACACAUGUAGAGCAAAAAUAAUAAAUGUAUCUGUAAAACGUAAUUGAUAAAUAUAAACAUUAUAAAAUA